AUGGCCAAGGAUACAGAAUCCUAUGCCUACGCUGCUGGUGGUGGCUCGGCCUACCUUCGGCUGAGAGGGCUUCCAUUCAGCGCAUCCACUUCGGAUGUGGCCACCUUCUUCGCGGAAUAUGGAGUGUCAGAGGAUCAAGUCAUCCUGGGAUCUGAAGGGGCGACGGGGCGGCCCUCGGGGGAAGCCUGGGUGCAAUUUCCAUCAGAGGUGCCGGGGUCUUCUCCUUUCCACUUGGGCCCUGGUGGGAUUUUUUACCAACACCCUUUUGACUAG